AUGGUUCUCUACUCAAGUCCGCCGUCACUCCAUCUCUUCUCUGAGGAUAAGCCGACCCUGCUUGUCUGCUGGUGGAUUACCUUUUUCUGCUGCACCGUCAUUGUGCUUCGCAUUGCUGGCCGGUACAUUCGAUCAGAGCGCCUUUUCGUCGAGGACAGAUUCGUUGCCUACGCCAUCAUCCCUCUCUUCCUUCGCAUGGGCUGUGUGCAUAUCAUUCUCAAGUACGGCACCAACAACGCCGAUUUCAGUGGCGUCACGCUGUCUGAAACCCACCUCCGUCAGAAGCGAAUCGCUAGUGGUCUAGUGAUUGCGAGUCGCAUUUUCCACGCCGCUACCCUCUGGAUUCUCAAGAUCACCAUUCUUGAGUUCUUCAAGCGCAUCAAUGACGCCAUUUCUGAGCGCUUCUCCCACGUUUCCGUCAUAAUUAUCCGCGUUUCCCUUGUGACCACAUUCAUUGCGGUCGUCAUUAGCAGCCUCGCUGAAUGUCACCCUUUCUCUCACUACUGGCAGGUCCUUCCUGAUCCGGGGGGCCAAUGUCGGCAGGCUUACGCACAGCUGAUCACCGCCUCAGCCUGCAACAUCUUCACCGACCUACUGCUCGUCUUCUUCCCUAUUCCUAUUAUCAUGUUCAGCCACCAGGCUCUAAAGCGAAGACUACAACUCGCCCUUCUCUUUUCCAUGAGUCUGGGCGUCGUCGGUGUCACGUUUUACCGCGUCGUCGGUGUCCUCGAUACUCAUGGAAGUCAACAGCUUCGGUCUCUCUUGGCCUCGGUUGAACUCCUGUUCGCCACCACCGCUGCCAACGCUCUAGUGCUUGGCUCGUUUGUCCGUGACCGCGGUGUCAAGAAAAACAAGUUCAGGGGUGGCUCUCUUGUCGACUCUAUGGACCGCCCCAGCAUUGCACGAUCACGUCGCCCAACUGUGAAUCGCCAUUGGGGGAGUGACGAGGACUUGGUUCGUGGCCUUGGCCUGGGCGUUCAUCCCACUUUACGCAAUUCGCCUGAGAUGCCCCAGGGAGACGAUGUCAUCUUCAGCAAUACCUCGGUGCGAAAUUCGCGUCCUACGCCGACUGUCAGAGCCGACGACGAGCAGGAGGAUGACAGCCAGCAGACCAGUAGCAACAACCGUGGUAGCAGCGAGACUGGGAUCGCGGACCUGCAUUCGUGGCAAUUUCCCGAGCGCAAGACGAGUGGCGGUACCCGCACUCAAAGUGCCCAGAGCGCCCACAGCGGACAGAGCGAGGACGACAAUCUGCUGAAAGAUCCUCUCGGCACGUCCCCCCGGGCCAACCCCACCUCGGCAGCGCGAAAAGUCUCAUUCUACGAUGUGGGCGGCCUUCUCAGCAGUGACACGGCCGCAGACGAUAACACCGCUCAGCCGAGCCUUACCAGAACUCGGUCUGGGAGCAUAUCUGGGAGCCUGUCAACAAGUCAAAGUGUGCCGCCUUCGCCGGCAUAUACAGCUGGCAGCCACGGCUUCAGACGUGGAUCCUCAGCUCUCUUGCAAGAUCUGGGCGGCCUGCUAAGCUCACACCCACGUCAAAUUCCCGGCGGCAGAAUUCCGGCAGAAUUGCACCCGGUGCCCCAGGAGUCUCCCCUAGAGUCACCGUCUCCAGCGACGCCGUUGCCGCUAUUGACAUCGUCUCCUAUUCCCGUUUCUUCCCACGGCAAUUUCGACGACAUUGUAUUAAUGGAUCCGGGUGGCCUGCUUAGCCAAAGUACGAAGCGGUAA